AUGGCUAUAGCCGCGUCAACGGAUAGCCCAGUUAAGCAGCAGCUUGUUGAUAAGCUUCCCAAACGCUUCAAGGGCAUCAAGUUUGGCAUUCAGUCCAACCAAGAUAUUGCCAACCAAGCCGUGCUUGAGGUCUCCGACCGCCUUCUGUACGACAUUGAAAACAACCGUGCUCCAUACCGCCAUGGCCCCCUCGAUUCACGACUGGGCACAUCAAGCAAGAUAGGGAAAUGUUCCACCUGUCAAGAAUCCCUGCAAAACUGCAAUGGCCACUUCGGUCACGUCCGGCUCCCCUUGCCGGCCUUCCACAUCGGCUACCUUCGCUUCAUAAUGUCCAUCCUCCAGGAAAUCUGCAAGGAUUGCGGCCGAGUCUUACUUGACGAGCCCGAACGACGGCAAUUCCUAAAGGAACUCAGACGCCCAUUCUUGGACAACCUUCGUCGGACCCAGAUCUGCAAGAAAAUUAACGAGCAAUGUCGAAAAAUCAAGACAUGCCCUUAUUGCGGCUCAAUCAACGGCCAAAUCCGGAAAAUAGGCGUCCUCAAGCUCGCGCACGACAAGUUCUCAUUCUACAACAAGUCAACUUCCGCCAAGAAGGUACCCCCAGAGAGCAAGGUCAAGUUUGACAACUCCUUCACCGAAGCUAGGCGCGAGAAUCCGGAGCUUGAGAAGCAUUUGCGCAAAGCUAUGGAGGACCUUAACCCUCUGAGAGUUCUAAAUCUCUUCAAGAUGAUCAGCCCAACUGACUGUGAACUUCUCGGCCUUGAUCCCACCGAGGGACGCCCGGAAAUGUUCAUAUGGCAAUUCUUGCCUGCCCCCCCUGUCUGCAUCCGACCCUCAGUUGCACAGGAUAACGCUAGCAAUGAAGAUGAUAUCACCACAAAGCUUGCCGACAUCGUAUGGGUCAGCGGCAUGAUCCGAUCCGCUCUUCAGAAGGGCUCACCGGUCCAGACUAUCAUGGAGCAGUGGGAAUAUUUGCAAACCCAGAUUGCUAUGUACGUCAACAGCGAUGUCCCUGGUCUCCAGCAACCCGGAUUCGGUAAAGCGACGAGAGGUUUCUGUCAACGGCUCAAGGGGAAGCAGGGACGCUUCCGUGGUAACCUCUCUGGUAAACGUGUCGACUUCUCAGGUCGAACCGUCAUCUCCCCCGAUCCCAACCUUGGCAUCGAUCAAGUUGCUGUCCCUCAAUUGGUUGCCAAGAAUCUCACAUACCCAGAAAGAGUUCAACGCCACAAUAUUGAGAAGUUGCGACAAUGUGUCAAGAACGGACCGGACGUCUGGCCCGGAGCUCAGCAGGUAAUCAAGAAGGAUGAAGGGGGCUACAAAAUAUCCCUGAAAUUCGGCAACAGAGACUUUGUCGCUCGCGAUCUUAAUCCUGGCGACGUUGUUGAGCGCCAUCUGGAGGAUAAUGAUGUUGUGCUUUUUAACAGGCAGCCAUCCCUUCACAAACUCAGUAUUAUGAGCCAUCUCGUAAAGGUACGACCUUGGAGGACCUUCAGGCUCAACGAAUGUGUUUGCGGACCCUACAACGCAGAUUUCGAUGGAGAUGAGAUGAACCUCCACGUCCCGCAAACGGAAGAGGCCCGCGCCGAGGCUAUUAAUUUGAUGGGCAUCAAGCAUAAUCUGGCGACACCCAAAAACGGCGAACCUAUCAUUGCAGCAACCCAGGAUUUUAUCACGGCAGCCUUCUUACUCAGCAGCAAAGAUAGAUUCUUCGACCGCAAGACAUUUACCUAUAUGUGUAUGCAUAUGAUGGAUGGCAAAACGCACCUGGACAUGCCUCCCCCAGCCAUCAUCGCGCCACAGGCACUCUGGACAGGGAAGCAGCUGUUCAGCAUGCUCAUGAGACCUAAUAAAGAAUCACCGGUCAAGGUCAACUUGGAUGCGAAGUGCCGAGCGUACAAAGCUCGCCCGGGUCAGUUCCCUGAUAUGGAUCCCAAUGACGGAUGGCUUGUUGUCCGUAACUCGGAGGUUUUGUGUGGCCGCAUGGAUAAAUCUACGGUAGGAUCGGGAAAGAAGGACUCGAUCUUCUAUGUCAUCCUUCGUGACUUCGGUCCAGAUCACGCUGUUGUGGCUAUGAACAGGCUCGCUAAGCUGUGCGCCAGACAGCUAGCUAAUCGUGGAUUUUCUAUCGGUGUCGGUGAUGUUUUCCCGACUGAAAAGCUCAAGGAGGAGAAGGAAAAUCUUGUUUCUGUUGCAUACAAGCAAUCCGAUGACCUGAUCGAGACGUUCAAGCAAGGCAAGCUCGAAAAGGCACCCGGUUGCAACAUGGAACAAACUUUGGAAAACUCCAUCUCCGGAAUUCUCAGCAAGGUUCGACAACAAGCCGGCUCAUAUUGUAUCGAUACUUUGAGUCGAAACAAUGCUCCUCUCAUCAUGGCUCAAUCCGGCUCCAAGGGCUCGGACAUCAACGUCGCCCAGAUGGUUGCUUUGGUCGGACAGCAAAUUAUUGGCGGAGAGCGUGUCUCUGACGGUUUCCAAGACCGAACAUUGCCUCAUUUUCACAAAAAUGCCAGGCAACCCCCUUCGAAGGGUUUCGUCAAGAACAGCUUCUACUCUGGUCUCUUGCCCACGGAAUUUAUAUUCCACGCAAUGUCUGGGCGUGAGGGACUGGUCGAUACUGCAGUUAAGACUGCAGAAACGGGAUACAUGUCUCGACGGUUGAUGAAAUCUCUUGAAGAUCUCUCAACUCAAUACGAUGAUACGGUUCGCACGUCCGGGGGCGGGAUCGUCCAAUUUCAGUUUGGUGCGGACAAGCUUGACCCUGUGGACAUGGAAGGAUCUGCAAAGCCGGUACACUUUUUACGAACCUGGACUCAUGCAGAAAGCUUGACAUGGGAUAACAACGAUGCGUCAAUGACACCGGAUGAAAUUAGGUCCUUCUGCAACUCCGUUCUUGAAAAUGAACGACGUCGAUUUGUGAGACGUGGGCUCCUGCACAACGAGCUUCUUGAUUACGAGGAUGGCAGCGACUAUGGUAUCGACGAACAUGAAAGCGCAAGGAAUUUUCUUAAAACUAUUGAGAGUCAUGUUGAAGACUUGGCGUCCAAGCUAGAGCGGGUACGAAAGCUCGCGGGCUUUGAAGGAAAUGUGAUGGUCAGGUCUACCGCGCAAGACCAUGCUGAUCGCACCGCCAAGGUUUCAGUAUCUACCCUUGGCCUCUUCAUCAAACUCUGUCUGGAGAAGUACAAGAAGGCCCAUGUUGAGCCCGGACAUGCCGUGGGCGCUGUUGGCGCUCAUUCCAUCGGCGAGCCAGGUACCCAGAUGACCCUGAAAACUUUCCAUUUUGCUGGUGUUGCAGGUAUGAGUAUUACUCAAGGUGUGCCCCGAAUCAAAGAAAUCAUCAAUGCCUCCAAGGCCAUCAGCACACCCGUCAUCAAAUGCCCGCUCCUCAACGAUCAGCAAAUCGAGGCUGCAAGAGUGGUUAAGGGGCGGAUUGAGAAGACAUUUGUGUCCGAUGUCUUGCGCUUUGUCGAGGACGAGUGGCGCACAACCGAAGGCAACGUUGUCCUCCAAAUCGAUUCGGAUGCCCUUGCAGACAUGCAUCUGGGCAUUGGGCCGUAUGAUAUCGCUGAAGCAAUCUGCAAGCAACGGAAGCUCAAGAUCCAGCGUGAGGACUUGUCCAUCGAUGGCGAGAGGAUCGUGGUCCGGGUGAGGGAUGUCAGUGAUACAGCGGCAAAGAGAGCUACCACUCGAAGCAAGUCCGCCGCGGAAGAGAGCGGUGACAUGUUACUGAGAGCAAACUUCCUCCGACGAGCCCUUCCCUCGGUUCCUAUAUCUGGCUACCCAGAGGCCACCCGUGCAAUCAUCCAGACGUCCGAGCAAGGCACCCACAAGGUCCUCGUUGAAGGCUAUGGGCUUCGAGCAUGUAUGACCACAGAGGGUGUAAUCGGCACAAAGGCCCGGACGAACAGUGUGAUGGAAUGCCGGGAUGUCCUUGGCAUCGAAGCGGCGCGAACCACCAUCGCCGACGAGAUUGGCGAAGUGAUGGGCGAUAUGGGUAUAGAUCCACGACACAUGCAGCUCCUCGCCGACGUGAUGACCUACAAGGGUGAGGUGCUCGGGAUUACUCGGUUCGGCUUAUCCAAGAUGAGAGACAGUGUGCUCCAGCUGGCCUCAUUCGAGAAAACGCCGGACCACCUCUUCGAGGCCGCCGCUGGCAUGAAAACGGACCAAAUCGAAGGCGUCAGUGAAUGCAUUAUUAUGGGUCAAACAAUGACGGUGGGGACAGGUGCCUUCCAAGUUGUCCGCCGCCUUGGCAUCCAGCAAAGAGAUCUCAAACAGCGACCGACGGCAUUUGAGGAUGCAUGGGCUGCAGAGUUACCGAUGAAGCAAAAGGCCCGUCGGAAGGUCUAG